UGGGCCUUGGAGACACCAACACAGUGUAUUGGUCUGCAGCAGAACACUUGCAUCUGUCAGGAUCUGUCAUCUGUCACUCACAUUUUAAUCUGCAACCUGUAUCUGGAGUCAGUAAAUAUGCGGCUCUUCUAUGCAGGGCUUCAGUUGAAUGUAAAUGUAGGAGUAACACCCUGAAAAACAAGACUGCCACACCUUUGAGAUGUGUCUCUCACAUGUGUGUAAGCAGAGCCCAGAAGGGCGGGAAGAUAAUUAGUAACCCUAUACCUGCAGUGACAUUCCAGGUGAUAAUCUGAGCAAAAACAGUGCUGAGUGUUACUUGUUAGCUCAGUCAGAGGAGAACAACAACAACAGCAGAACAAAUGGCCCUCUUGGACAAUUUCCUUUUCUUCCUCUUCCCCAGUCCCACCACCCUGUUGGGGGCUGUCGCCAUCCUGCUCGUCCUUUACCUCAUCUCCAGCAGCUUCGCCUCUGAGGGAAAGGAACCCCCGGGACCGAGGCCUCUGCCGCUACUUGGCAACCUAUUACAGCUUGAUCUCAAGAGACCCUACAAAACCCUAUGUGAGCUUUCAAAGAAGUAUGGGCCUGUAUUUACAGUGUACUUUGGAACCAAUAAAGUGGUGGUCCUGGCUGGAUACAAGGCAGUUAAAGAGGCUCUGGUCACCUAUGCAGAAGAGUUUGGAGACCGAGACAUUGCCCCUAUAUUUUAUGAUACUAAUCAAGGUCAUGGAAUUCUGUUUGCAAAUGGAGACUCGUGGAAAGAGAUGAGACGUUUUGCCCUCACCACCCUGAGGGAUUUUGGAAUGGGAAAAAGAAUGGCUGAGGAGAAAAUCAUAGAGGAAUGCCGGUAUUUGAUCCAGAUGUUUGAAGAGCACAAAGGGAAACCGUUCGAUACAGCAUGUCCAAUGAAUUAUGCAACAUCCAAUAUUAUCUCCUCUAUUGUGUACGGAAGCAGAUUUGAUUACAAUGACCCCCGGUUCAAAAACCUGGUGAGAAGAGCAAAUGAGACCAUACGCAUUACAGGCUCUGCAUCAAUCCGGCUUUACAACAUGUUUCCCAGGCUGGUCAGCUGGAUAAAAAACCGGCAGCUGAUAUUGAAAAAUGUUGAAAUGACUGUCAGGGACGUGAAGGAUUUAAUCAAGCAGCUGAAAGAGACACUGAACCCUCAUACGUGCAGGGGGCUCGUGGACUGUUUUCUGAUUCGGAAGCAGAAAGAGGAGGACUCUUGUGUAAUAGACACUCACUACAACGAGAAAAACUUGAUUUUCACAGUAACAAACCUGUUUGCUGCUGGUACUGAUACAACAGCAACUACACUGAGAUGGGGCCUGCUGCUUAUGGCCAAAUAUCCACAUAUACAGGACCAGGUCUGGGAGGAGCUGAGCAGGGUGAUAGGAAGCCGUCAGGUCCGUGUUGAUGACCGUAAAAAUCUGCCCUACACCGACGCUGUCAUCCACGAGACACAGAGACUCGCCAACAUCGUGCCCAUGUCUAUUCCUCACAAAACCAGCCGUGACGUCACCUUCCAGGGCUACUUUAUCAAAGAGGGAACUACUGUGUUUCCUCUUCUCACUUCUGUCCUGUAUGAUGAGAGCGAGUGGGAGAGCCCGCACACUUUCAACCCUUCCCACUUCCUGGAUAAGGAGGGUAAAUUCAUCAGGAGAGAUGCCUUCAUGCCCUUUUCUGCAGGUCGCAGAGUGUGUCUUGGAGAGAGUCUGGCAAAGAUGGAGCUCUUCCUCUUCUUCACCAAUCUGCUCCAGCGCUUUCGCUUCACUCCUCCACCCGGAGUUGCAGAGGAUGAACUGGAUCUGACAGCAGCUGUGGGCUUCACCCUCCCCCCUUCGCCUCAUGAGCUGUGUGCUGUCAGUCGCCAAUGAGGGAAACAGCCAGAGCAUGGCAUUAUGACUGCCUGGGUCAACGGCGUGAAUAUUGUUUUACUCACUCACACACGGGGCAGUGGCUUUAUGUUUUUUUUUGACCGUGCACCAUUGCAUUGCAUGCUGAGCAGCCAGCAGAUGCCCCCAGCCUCAAGAUCAACAUCAAUGAACAAAGGCAGAAGACAACUGGGAGACAGAGGAUCCAUGUGAUGGUCCAUUUCAGUCAGCAAGUGACCUGAGAUGGAAAUGGUGGGGGCCCUGACUAGCCUACAUGUUUGUAAUUUGUUGACACUAGUUUACACAGCUUAAUAGAACUUGGGUGUACAUAUACUUCUAUAGUAAGAGGCUGCUUCUCACUGGCUGUAGAUAUAUUUCGCAAAAUAAUAUACUUUGGUUUUGUACAUUGCAAUUUGCCAAAAAUUAUUUACCAGCAAAUUGUAGAAAUGUAUUUACCGUGAAUUAAUUUUCAGCUUUUAUUUUGGUCUCUGUGUUUUUACUUUGUGAUAACAUGAAUAAACACAUUUUUUAAACUUUA